GGGGCACGCCGGGAGCUGUAGUUCGGCGGCGCGCCGGCUCCCCUGCGCGGCGGAAAGGCCCCGGUGCAGCUUGCGGCCGCCUUCCUCCUCCUCCUCCUCCUCCUCGGAGCCGCCAUGGCCCUCUCGCCCGUCCAGGUGCCCGGCAUGCAGAACCACCGAGCAGAUCCCGAGGGGCUUUUCACCAAGCUGGAGCGCAUCGGGAAGGGCUCCUUCGGAGAAGUCUUUAAGGGCAUCGACAACCGGACGCAGCACGUGGUGGCCAUUAAAAUCAUCGACCUGGAAGAAGCCGAGGAUGAAAUUGAAGACAUCCAGCAGGAGAUCACGGUGCUCAGCCAGUGUGACAGCCCUUACGUCACCAAGUACUACGGCUCCUACUUGAAGGGCACAAAGUUGUGGAUAAUAAUGGAAUAUUUAGGUGGGGGAUCGGCCCUGGAUUUGCUCCGUGCUGGGCCUUUCGACGAAUUCCAGAUUGCUACGAUGCUGAAGGAGAUCCUGAAAGGGUUGGACUACCUGCAUUCAGAGAAGAAAAUCCACAGAGACAUCAAAGCUGCCAACGUCUUGCUUUCUGAGCAAGGAGAUGUGAAGCUUGCAGAUUUUGGGGUUGCUGGACAACUGACUGACACACAAAUUAAGAGGAACACUUUUGUAGGAACGCCCUUCUGGAUGGCCCCCGAAGUCAUCCAGCAAUCAGCCUACGACUCAAAAGCGGAUAUCUGGUCUCUUGGCAUCACCGCCAUCGAACUGGCCAAAGGGGAGCCUCCGAAUUCAGACAUGCACCCGAUGCGAGUCCUCUUCCUCAUCCCUAAAAACAACCCCCCCACCCUCGCCGGAGAAUUCAGCAAACCCUUCAAAGAGUUUAUCGACGCCUGUCUGAACAAGGACCCGACGUUUCGCCCCACGGCCAAGGAGCUGCUGAAGCACAAAUUCAUCCUGAAGAACGCCAAGAAGACCUCUUACCUGACGGAGCUGAUUGACAGGUUCAAGAGGUGGAAAGCGGAAGGACACAGCAGCGACGAAACUGACUCGGACGGCUCGGAUUCCGAGUCUAGCAACAAGGAGAACAAUUCCCAUCCCGAGUGGAGUUUCACUACCGUGCGGAAAAAGCCAGACGCCAAGAAAGUGCAGAACGGAACGGACCAAGACUUCCUCAAAACCUUGGGCUGUUUGGCCCUGAUCAUCAACCCCGUGUUUGCAGAGCUGAAGCAGCAGGACUCCAACAACGCCAGCAAGAGGCAGGCCAUUGAAGAGCUGGAGAAGAGCAUCAGCCUGGCCGAAGCUGCCAGCCCCGGGAUCACCGACAAGAUGGUGAAGAAGCUGAUGGAGAAAUUCCAGAAGUUCUCUGCCAAUGACUCCUGAGGAAGGACAAGCCCCCCACUCUCCCCCAGGAUGCCGUCCCGCCCGGACACAGCUCCUCGCAGCCCACCAACCCCUCCUCUGGCUCCGCUCGGCUCCUCCUCCUCCUCCUCCUGAGUUCCUUGUGCCUUUCGGGAUCAUCGCAAUAGAUGUUUUUUGAUGAUCGCGGAUUUGGAUUUAAGGAUUUAACUCCACUCUUUUGUAAAUGGCAUCCAUGUUUUCUGUUUAUUUCUUUCCUCUUUUUUUUUUUCUCUUUUUCUUUUGUAAAGAGCGACUCUUUCAUAUUUUAGUCCCCAACUUCUCUAAUCCAGCAUCGAACGAGAUGAAAACCGCCUGUGCCGUUUGCUUCUAGGUGCAGUUGGGAGCUCUCAAAUUGCCAGGGUGGAUCGGCCUCCUCCACAAAUCUGGAGCCUUUUUUUAUUUUCGACUUUUGCUUUUUAACUUCGUAGGAAACACCAUUUGGGGAGCGUUUUGGGUUGGUCUUCUCCUGUGCCCGAGUUGCAGCUCUCCCCAAGCCCCCCCCCCAAAGCCAGAACUCGGCCCAUCCGUCACGUUGAGGAGUGAAGGCUGCGUGGAAGCACUUCUCCGUUGGGCCCUGUUUGGGCCCCACCGUCUUGCUUCGGGCCCCGUGUCGAGCAGGAGGAACUGGCCCCAGCCGCCUCCGCUCACUUGGGGUUUGGCACAGGGUUUUAUUUUUUUUGGGGGGGGUGUGCCUCACCUCCACCUGAAAGCAAUACGUCAGCGGCUUGGCCAGUCACCCUGUAACUCCAUGUGCAGUUUGUACGCGUCCCUGUUGUAGAGCCACCCAUCGCAGCAGCGGCAACGGGGCCAAGGGGUUGGGUGUCAAAGAAAACCGAGGUGGCAGCGGGGCCCACACCUCUGAAGCCCCCUCCUCUCUUUAUGUUUGUUUUAAAAAAAAAAAAAAAACAUGCAUUGCACAUGAUGGGUGUGGCUGCAGUUGCCAUUUUGGUUCCCUUGAGCCCCCUGACACCCCCCACCCACCCCAUGAAAGAAAUGUUCAUCAUGGUAAGAAAUUUUAAAAAGCAAUAUGGUUGAAAUACGGUUUUUUUGGGGUGGGGGGGUUGGCAAUAAUGGACCCAAUUCAACCGAGUUGUUUCUCCUGGAGUAAAAUUGGAGAAGAAGGAGAACCUGUCCUGUCUUGGCCGUGUCCGAGCAGUACCUGAAAUUGUGUCACCAGCGUUUUUGUGGGUGUGGAUUUUUUUCUUUUUCCUCUCGUAAGAUAUUGAUAGACUUACGUCCUUGAAGUCCUUUACAUGCAUCAGCAGCUGUUUAAUUUCCCCCUCCCUUCCGACGUGUAUUUUUAAAUAUCUAUUUGCCAGUUAAUAUGCAAAUAAUUUGAGUUAUAGAUAUUCUUUCACGGAAAAAGAUAAGUACUUUGCAGUACAAGAGGUGAUUUUUUUUUUCUUUUUCAGAAAAGGUAGAAGAAAUUAUAAACUUGCUUUCGAUUAUAUAUUUAUGGUACUGUUGAGAUGAGUUUUUCUCUCUUUUUCCUUUUCCACCCAGUUUGUAUAUUAUGCUAUUGAAGUGUAUUGUAUUUCCGUCUUUAGUUGUGGAAGUGUGGGUGUAAAUUUAUUUUUGAUAAAAAGUCUGGAUAUGUUUAAUUUUAUAGUUCAGAUCUGCACAUUAUUUUUUUUUUGGUUUUGCACAACCUUCAUUUUAAAGGAUUUGAAGUGUAUCAGCCAAAUAUGGAACGGAGUUAAAUAAGAGUGCAAACAAGCAGUUAUUUUUGUUGUUGUUGUGAUUAAAAGUUGCCAUUACAACCUUUUCUUUGUAAGGAAGGGGGAAAGAACACAGAAAGAUAUAAAGACACUGGCAAGAGAUGGUGGACAGAAAUGCCAAGGGCGAUUAUUUUCAAUGGUGCCUACACUGUAAAAAAAAAAAAAAACCCACAAAGAACUUUUAACUCCCUUUGUUUUAAUUUUAAAGAAAUGUUUGUUUAAAAAAAUGGUUUCGUUGCUAUAUAUACCUGAAACACCAUUAGAAAUUUAUAUCUGAGGGGAGGAAGAAAACCUCUGGACAUAGUUUUUGAAAACAAUAAUGUUACGGAUUAAAUAAAAUAUUUUUAUAAAUGUAGAAGCCGUUCAAGUUGUAAAUACAGUUUGAUUCGAAGCUUUACAAAAUAACUGUAUCAUCCAAGCAGAACCGUCGCGCUCCUUCUUCCCAGCCUCUGCCUAGUUCUGUAAAUCUGUUUAUAGAUGAAGCUUCUUUCACACUUUGGAGGAAGGGGGACGCGGAAAGUCAAAGGGUUU